CAAAAAAAAAUGGGCGUGUGGAGUCUUUUUCUCCAACAUUCAGGGUUUUGUUCUGAACUUUUUUCUUAAACCCUAAACCAAAACCCCCUUUGAAUUUGAUUGAUUUUGAAGAGUAUGAGGAGGAACAGAGAGUUGAAAACUCUACUCUCUCGCUCUCUCCAAUUCUCCACUUCUUCACAACACACUCUCCCCGGUUUGCUUCAUCCCAGCGACACUACUUUUUCAAACCCAACUCCAACCCCUGAUUUAUCACAAGACUACGCAUUCCUCCGCAACACUUUGCUCAAUUCCACUUCCUCACAAACCCUUACUUCCGGUGAGUUCCCUAACGAGGUUGUUUCAAUUUCAAACGCAAUCAGAACCGGUUUCGACAUUGAAACCAAUCAAUUUUUUAGACACUUUCGUGGUAGGUUAAGUGAGUCUUUGGUAAUUCAGGUGAUGGAUAAUGUUAACAACCCUGAGUUGUGUGUAAAGUUUUUCUUGUGGGCCGGUCGGCAAAUCGGUUAUACUCAUACUCCGCUUGUGUUUGAUAAAUUGCUUGAGUUAUUGGGGUGUAAUGGUAAUGGAAAUGAUAGAGUGCCUUUGAAGUUUUUGAAUGAAAUUAGGGACGAUGAUAGGGAUUUGCUUCGUAGGUUGCUUAAUUUUCUUGUUCGAAAAUGUUGUCGAAAUGGGUGGUGGAAUAUGGCUUUGGAAGAGAUGGGAAGGCUUAAGGAUUUUGGGUACAAGCCUUCUCAAACUACUUAUAAUGCUUUGGUUCAAGUUUUUCUUAGAGCUGAUAAGUUAGAUACUGCUUAUUUGGUUAAGAGAGAGAUGUUGAAUUAUGGGUUUGUUAUGGAUAGGUAUACUAUUAGUUGCUUUGCUUAUUCCCUGUGUAAAAAUGGGAAAUGCAGAGAGGCUUUGGAUUUGAUUGAGGAGAUUGUGCCUGAUACUGUUAUUUAUAAUAGGAUGAUUUCUGGGUUGUGUGAAGCUUCACUUUUUGAAGAAGCGAUGGAUAUCUUGCAUAGAAUGCGGUCUACUUCUUGCAUUCCCAAUGUUGUCACUUACAGGAUUUUGCUUUCUGGUUGUUUGAGAAAAGGACAGCUCGGGAGGUGUAAGAGAAUUUUGAGUAUGAUGAUUACAGAGGGAUGUUAUCCGAAUCGUGAAAUAUUUAAUUCUCUUGUACAUGCUUAUUGUAAAUCAAGGGAUUACUCCUAUGCCUAUAAGUUGUUUAAGAAAAUGACCAAAUGUGGGUGCCAGCCAGGAUAUCUGGUUUAUAAUAUAUUGAUUGGUAGUAUAUGUAGCAAUGAGGAACAGCCUAGCUCGGAUAUUUUAGAAUUGGCGGAGAAAGCUUAUAGUGAUAUGCUUGAUUCAGGGGUUGUUUUAAAUAAGGUAAAUGUCAGCAAUUUUGCACGGUGUCUUUGUGGAGCUGGGAAAUUUGAUAAAGCUUUUAAGAUUAUUUGUGAAAUGAUGGGCAAGGGUUUCGUCCCCGAUGAUAGUACUUAUUCUAAAGUGAUUGGCUUCCUUUGUGACGCUUCUAAGGUAGAGAAGGCUUUUUCGCUGUUCGAAGAAAUGAAAAGGAACGGUAUUGUUCCCAGCGUUUACACCUAUACUAUUUUAAUUGAUAGCUUUUGCAAAGCGGGUCUUAUUCAGCAGGCUCGCAAAUGGUUUAACGAAAUGUUAACUGAAGGUUGCUCACCCAAUGUGGUGACUUAUACUGCACUUAUUCAUGCAUACCUGAAAGCAAGAAAAGUGUCUGAUGCAAAUGAACUUUUUGAUAUGAUGUUGCUUGAAGAUUGCAAGCCUAAUGUUGUUACAUAUACAGCUUUAAUUGAUGGUCAUUGUAAGGCUGGGCAGAUUGAAAAAGCUUGCCAGAUCUAUGCCAGAAUGCAAGGUGACAUAGAAUCCUCUGACAUGGACAAGUAUUUUAAGCUAGAUCACAACAACUCUGAAGGACCAAAUGUUAUUACAUAUGGGGCUUUGGUGGAUGGUUUAUGCAAAGCCAACAAGGUUAAGGAGGCACGGGAAUUGUUGGAUACCAUGUCUGCUCAUGGCUGUGAGCCUAACCAUAUAGUGUAUGAUGCUGUUAUUGACGGGUUUUGCAAGAUUGGAAAGCUUCAGGAUGCACAAGAGGUAUUUGCAAAAAUGUCAGAGCGUGGGUACAGUCCAAAUCUGUAUACCUAUAGCUCUUUAAUCGAUUGUCUGUUUAAAGAUAACCGGUUGGAUCUUGUUUUGAAAGUGUUGUCGAAGAUGCUAGAGAGUUCUUGCACUCCAAAUGUUGUUAUUUACACAGAGAUGGUUGAUGGCCUCUGUAAAGUUGGAAAAACAGAUGAAGCUUACAGGCUCAUGCUCAAGAUGGAAGAAAAGGGCUGCAAUCCAAAUGUUAUAACCUAUACUGCAAUGAUUGAUGGUUUGGGGAAAUUAGGAAAAAUUGAACAGUGCCUUGAGCUCUAUAGAGAUAUGUGCUCAAAGGGAUGUGCUCCGAACUUUAUAACCUAUAGGGUUUUGAUAAAUCAUUGUUGCUCAAAUGGCCUUCUUGAUGAAGCAUACAAACUCUUGGAUGAAAUGAAACAAACAUAUUGGCCAAAGCAUAUAUUAAGUCACCGUAAAAUUAUUGAGGGCUUCAGCCAAGAAUUUAUAACCUCGAUCGGGCUUUUAGACGAGUUGAGUGAGAAUGAAUCAGUGCCUAUUGAUUCUUUUUACAGAAUUUUGAUUGAUAAUUACAUCAAGGCAGGGAGACUAGAAGUUGCAGUUAAUCUUCUUGAAGAGAUUUCAUCAUCCCCAAGCCUUGCAGUUGCCAAUAAAUAUCUAUAUACUUCUUUAAUCGAGAAUCUGUCACAUGCAAGUAAUGUUGAUAAAGCCUUAGAGGUGUAUGCUAGCAUGAUAAGUAAGAAUGUCGUUCCAGAUCUUAGCACACUUGUCCACCUCAUCAAAGGCCUUAUCAAGGUUGAUAGGUGGCAAGAAGCACUACAAUUAUCGGAAAGCAUAUGCCAAAUGGAUAUCCGCUGGCUUCAUGAAGAGGCAACCGAUAUAAAUUAGGUUUCUGUUGUGCGUGUUGAAUAUAACUGAAGGAAAAUGGAUACUGGUUUGGACGAAAGACAUGGUCAAGCUGGUAAUAACAUCAAUAAUGGAAGCAGAAACAGGAGAUUCUGAAGAAAUCUUGGAAGAAGCCCUUCAUAUUCCAUUGAUGUCCAAAUCCUGUGUAUUUUGUCCACCCAUCAUUACAUCAUGCUGGGGUAUGAUUGUGGCAUGCAGCAUGCUAAUUAAUGUCAAGAGCUUGGCAGCUGAGGAAUCAGCUUUUUGACAUCCGGCAUUUGGGAAAUCAUUCUUUGUUCUAAAUAAGUAUGAUAUCUGCCGGCAGACUUGGUGGUUUCAGGUCAUAGUGGUUGAAAUAACUUCUCUGCCCGCCGCUUACAUCUGACAACCCCCGGCAGACUUGGUGGUUUCAGGUCAUAGUGGUUGAAAUAACUUCUCUGCCCGCCGCUUACACCUGACAACCCCCGGCAGACUUGGUGGUUACAUUACAGGUCAGAGUUGUGGAAAUGACUUCUUUGCUCACUGCUUACACCUGACAACUGCGGCAGACUUGGUGGUUACAGGUCAGAGUUGUGGAAAUAAUUUGUCUGCUCACUGCUUACACCUGACAACCACAGAGUGCACGGUGGUGGGAUCUUCAUUAGCUGAGCUGCUCUUAUAGAUAGGUUGCAGUGCUAGCUUCUAAUUGGAAAAUGUCGUCCAUUUGUUUCUUCAUCAAUUGGUUUAUUUAUAGGGGGAGUCAUUAUUGAUUUUGGGAGUGCUGAUUUUUAGUCCUUACAAAAAUAAGUCGAGCAAUUUAGUUGCUGCUGAUUAAGAGACAAAAUUAAAGGAAAAAAAACUUGAGAGAAAAAGGAUCGAGUGAAUGAGUUAUUCUUUCUAUUGGUACCAUUGUAUUUUAGACUUGUUAUAUCAUAAAAUCCAUUUUAAUUGCUAGAAAGUAGAAAGUGAACAAAGUGAGAUUUUGAUCAUAAAAGUAUCUGUAGGAUUAUCAUAA